UAGUAAAGACUGUCCUUGUAGUUUCGAUUUGGAUGCGAUAGCCUCCUCUCUUUUGCAGAGAAAAAGCAGCAGAAACCUUCACCUUUUGCUUGCGAGACCUAGUGAUCUUAUAAUUUCCUCUGCACAAUUCCGUCUUCAUCUCGCCUCCUAAACAAUCUCUUGGCCUGCCUGCAUUUGGGCUUCGCAGUGCUUCAGACGGGGGAUCGAGAUGUUCUCCUCCAAAUCCAAAUCUGGUUUAUCUGAUGCUUCGAUUAACAAAGGUGCGCCAUCUACUCCUAAAGGCAAUAAAUCAGGAAAGGCUGGAUCCACCAAGGUAGACCCUGCUUCGCCGUCCCCUCAACAGUCAGCGCGCCUUUCAAUUGAUCGAUCCCUUAAAUUAGUUGAUUCAAAGAUUACCAUUGAGCAACGUUCGCCCAAGAUCACUGCUCUUGAUAAGCAACCAAGGCCAAUAAAGGGAUCAGAGUUGCAGGGACAACUGAGUGCAAUUCAGGAUGAGUUGAAGAAGGCAAAGGAGAGAUUGGCAUCUGUUGAGAAGGAGAAAAUCCAAAUUCUUGAGGAGCUAAAGUAUGCUAAGAGAUGUGCCAACGAGGCAAAUGACAAACUUCAGGAUGCUCUUGUUGCCCAAAGGAUUGCGGAGGAAGCUUCUGAGAUUGAUAAAUUCCGGGCAGAUGAACUGGAGCAAGCUGGCAUCGACGCUGCACUAAAGAAGGAAGAUGAAUUGCAGAAGGAGCUUGAUAUUGUUCAAAACCAACAUGCUAUGGAUGUUGCAGCACUUCUAGCCAUAACUAAGGAUCUCCAGAGAGUGAAAAAUGAACUUUUCAUGACUACAGAGGCAAAGAACAGUGCUUUAAAUCAUGCUGAUGAUGCAAUGAAGAUUGCUGAGAUCAAUGCAGAGAAAGUGGACUUGUUGUCUAAGGAAGUUAACCGCUUAAAAGUGUUAGUUGAUUCAGUGCAGGAGUUUAAGAACACUGAUUCUCCAGCACAUGAAGGAUUGGUUUCGAGAGAAGUUAACCACUCAAAAGCAUCAAUUGAUGCUUUGCAGGAGUGUGAGAAAAAAGAACCUUCAGUUCUUGUUGUGAAUGGAACAAACUUGCAUGAGCAAUCAAACUUAGUUGAGGAUCAUUUAAAGAAGGAAAAUGAUAGAUUGAUUUCUGUUGAAGCUGAGAAGAACAAACAGAUAGCAGAUUUACAAGCACAAAUAAACUUAGUUGAGGAUCAUUUAAAGAAGGAAAAUGAUAGAUUGAUUUCUGUUGAAGCUGAGAAGAACAAACAGAUAGCAGAUUUACAAGCACAAAUAAACUUAGUUCAGGAAGAUUUGACAAGGGCAAAUGAACUCUUGACUUCUGUUGAAACAGAGAAGACUCAUAUUUUAAAGGAAUUAACGGAAGCCAAGAGGUUGGUUUAUGAAACUAGUAAUAAACUCAAUGAGAAUUUUGCCGCUCAAAGGCAGGCUGAGGAGGCUAUGGAAACCUACAAGAUCCUUUCAUGUGAGUUUGAACAAAAAAGCAUUGAAAGUGCUCAGAAGAGAGAAGAAUUGAAGAAGCAGCUUGAAUAUGUUGAAGACCAGAAUGCUUUGAAUGCUGCCACCUUGCUUUCGAUUACUAAGGAGCUUGAACAGGUGAAAAAUGAAUUCACAUUAGCCAUCGAUGCAAAGGACACUGCUUUAACUCAGGCUUGUGAUGCAAUGAUGAGUGCUGAAAUCAAUUCAGAGAAGCUAGAGCUCCUUUCAGGGGAAAUUGAGCAUCUCAAGGCCUUGCUGGACUCCAAGGUAGAGUUGGAAUCUGAGCUGUUUGCAGUGAAGAGUGAACUUGAGAAGGCAAAGGUCACUGAAGCCAGGUUAAUAGAGAUGGAAGCAUUAGUUGAGGCGCUGACGGUUGAGGUCAGUGAUGUAAACAAUGCUGAAUCAGAAGCUCGUCAUCUUGUGGAGCAAUGGAAGAAGGCAGCAGAGCUACUAGAAGCUCAAUUAGAGGAGACAAAUGAGUCUAGAAAAUCUUCAUUGGAGGCUCUUGCUUCGGUUAAGAAACAGCUCGAGGAGUGCUAUGCCCUAUUGCAGGAUAAAGAGUGUGAACUUUCUGUUCUUACAGGCAAGGUGGAUUCUCUUAACCUUGAGGUUUCCAGGCAUGAAACUGAACUUGAUGGAUCUAUUCAGAAAUUGGCUGUAGCACUACAGGAAGCAGCAGAACUGGAGAAAACGAUUGCACUUUUAAAAUCUGACCUUCAGAUUGUGGAGGCGACAAAAAAUCAGGCCUUGAAUAGUGAGAAGGUAGCCAACUCAAAUAUUGAAAGCCUGACAGAGCAAAAGAAAAACUUGGAAAAUGAGCUAGAUAUAACUCGGUGUGAACUUGACAAAGCUAAGCAGGCAAUGGAAGGAUUGGCUUCAGCACUGCAUGAAGUAUCAACAGAAGCACAUGUAACACAAGAAAGAUUCGUAUGCAAACAAGCAGAGGUUGAGGAUUCCCAUGCUCAGAUCAAGGACUUGAAGAUGACUAUUAUGAAGAAUCAAGAAAAUUAUGAUGAAAUGCUGGAGAAGUCCAAACAUGAGCACGUCUGCCUUCAAGAUGCUCUUGAAAGAUUUGAAAUGGUAUUUGAAAAUUCUGUAUCUGAGUGGAACUUGAAAGCUCUUGAUUUCUUAAAUUCUAUCCAAAGAUCUGAGGAGGAAAUUGCCACCAUGAAGACAGACAUGGACAAAAUAAGUGACUCUCUGAAAGCAGCAGAGCUCAGGAUAAUGGCUGCACAAGAAGAUGAAGUCCAGCUGAUAGAUAAGCUAAAGCAUUUUGAAUCAGAAGCAAAUAUCAUCAAACUAGUAGCAGAAGAAGCCAAGGCUGAGAAUCUGCAGCUGAAGGAGAUGUUACUAGAGAAAGACAAUGACCUUCAGAGUAAAAUUCAGGAGAACAAUGAACUCAAGAUCCGAGAAACUGCAGCUUUAGACAAGGCCCAAGACUUUUCUUCAUUGCUAGCUGAGGCCACAGCCGAGAAGGCAAUGGUGAAUGGUGAAAUAUCAAUAAAUGUGAAUCAGUCUGAUUUAGCAGUGCCAUUUGUUUCCCUUGAGGAAACCACUUAUGAUGAGCACCCCAAUUCAGAAGUACCAUCAGAAAAGCUCGAGGAACAUAGCAAUGAUUUGGAAACAAGCCAGGAGGAGAAGAGUAUUAACAAUGCUCCACAAGAACCACAAGGAGACACAGAAUCAAAGUUGUCUGAAAACGGCAAGGCUGUAGACAAGGAUUUGCCAACAGAGAAGGAGUAUGAGGUCGAUUCGAUGAAUGAUGAAUCUUACUUAAAGGCAGAUUGUGCUAACUCCAAUGUGUCAAAUGGAUUGCCAUCUGAUAACAUCCAAAAUGAUGGAACCUCACCCAAUAAGCAGGAGCAGCAGCAAAAGAAAAAGAAGGCUUUCAUGCAGAAAUUUGGGAGCAUACUGAAAAAGAAGAGUAACCUCAAGUAGAAGUGGAACCUAAGCUUCUUGCAUUACAAUUCAUCUAAUGUAUUUGGUGGUUUGAGCAUUUCCGACCUGGAUCAAGGUCUGAUAUGCCCAUGAUAGUCUCUUAAAUUGUUUUGCUAUAGUGCUUGUAUUUAAAAUUGUUUGCUUCUGCCUAGUGAAUCUACAAUUUGUGCCUUAGUUCCUGUGUUACUUGUUUUGCAAGGUUAGCUCUCUUUAAAGACAUGAAGACUCCUUGUCAUAUUUAACUAGCAAAAAGCUAUUUGAAGGACUCUUCUUUUAUCAAAAUUUUCUGGUUGGUGAAUGAAAGUAAUCACCAUUGUUCUCA